AACGGAUAAGAUAGCAAAACACCCCCAUUCUUCCGUUCCCCCCUUUGCUGCUCGCUCUCAUGGCCGCCGCCGCCGCCUUCCUUCCCCCCGCCCCAAUCUUUCGCCCUCGCACCACAACCGCUCGCCACCGUGCCUCACCCAUCUGCGCUGCCGCCUCCGACGUGCCGCCGCCAGAUGCCGAGACGGACGAGGGAGAGGCCCCACGCAGCGGCCGGAAGGACCGGCGCCGCGUGGUGCGGAUCGCGUGGGAGAAGCUCGUCCGCUGGUCUCGCUCCUGGCGCAGCCGCAACCGCAGCGACGUCCUCGAGACCACGCGCAAGGUGGUGGUCCUCGGUGGGGGCUCGUUCGGAACGGCGAUGGCGGCGCAGGUGGCAGCCAAGAAGCCCGACCUUGAGGUGGCCAUGCUGCUCCGGGAUGACCUCGUCUGCCGCUCCAUCAACCACCGCCAUGUCAACUCCAAAUACUUGUCAGAAUACAGCUUGCCAGAAAACAUUGUUGCAACAACUAGUGCUAGCGAGGCGUUAGCAGGAGCUGAUUUCUGCUUCCACGCUGUCCCUGUUCAGUUCAGUUCAUCCUUUCUUGGCAGUAUUUCAACUUAUGUUGAUCCAAAGUUGCCAUUCAUAUCGCUUAGCAAAGGGCUGGAACUUAACACCCUUCGGACAAUGUCUCAAAUCAUUCCUCUUGCAUUGGGAAAUCCUCGCCAGCCAUUUAUUGUUCUGUCAGGACCUUCUUUUGCCGUGGAACUGAUGGAGAAACUACCAACAGCUAUGGUGGUGGCAUCCAAAGACAAAAAGCUGGCAAGUGCUGUUCAGCAGCUCUUAGCGUCUUCAAAUUUGAGGAUAAGCACAUCAAGUGACGUUACAGGGGUAGAAAUUGCAGGGGCACUUAAGAAUGUUCUUGCAAUAGCAGCAGGUAUAGUAGAAGGUAUGCAUCUUGGAAAUAAUUGUAUGGCUGCCCUUGUUGCUCAAGGCUGUUCUGAAAUUCGGUGGUUGGCGACAAAGAUGGGAGCAAAGCCAACAACCCUUUCUGGUUUAUCUGGCUCGGGUGAUAUCAUGCUUACAUGUUUUGUCAAUCUUUCACGGAACAGAAACGUGGGAUUGCGUCUUGGUUCAGGCGAGAAACUUGAUGAGAUCUUGGAUUCAAUGAAUCAGGUUGCUGAAGGCGUGUCAACUGCUGGCGCCGUCAUCGCAUUAGCUCAGAAGUACAACGUCAAACUGCCAGUCUUGACAGCGGUAGCACGGAUAAUUGAUAAUGAACUAACUCCGAAGAGGGCUGUUAUGGAGUUAAUGAAUCUUCCACAGGUCGAGGAAGUCUAAAAGGAACCAAUCCAAAAGGGGAGCCGGAUGGCUCCCCUGACGUACGAUGCCCUGACGUUGGGCCACUGACGUGUGGGCCCGGGUCCACAUGUCAGUGGGCCAAUGGCACGUCAGAGGAGCCGCCUCCUCCAAAAGAAUGGAGCCACUGAACCUGUUCUGUCAUACUUAAAAUAGCUGUAUGCUCCAUAUGUUUGUCUCCCAUCUCUGAUCAGCUAUAUUUUCUCGUCAAUCUAUCGAAUCAUGAUGAUUGCUUUCAGAGAUAUCACGGAUUUUGCACUCCUAUGAAGAGUUUAUGCUUUCAUGCACAUUCAUGUGCACAAAUGCAGACAGGAUAUACAUUAUAGGGACCCGAAAUUGAAUGGGAAUCCAUGUUUGGUUAUCCAAAACAAGAUCAUGGUUGUAGGUUUCAUCACUUUUAGAAUGAGUUGGUCAAGGAAUACAUGUUAGUUCUUAUUUUUCUUUUGUAUGAAAUGACCUGGUUCAUAUUCAUGGCAAGACUUGAUUUUAUA